CACUCAGAUGUCUCAUCCCUUUGGUCUCACCAUUUUUGGAGGUUAUGCCUACUUCACUGACUGGAGGCUCGGGGGAAUCGUGCGGGUGCGCAAAACGGACGGCGGUGAGAUGGUGGUCAUCAGGAGGGGCAUCAGCCACAUCAUGCACGUCAAGUCUUUCAACAGCAACUCCCAGACGGGCUCCAACUACUGCAACCGGGUCACCAAUCCCAACGGGGACUGCAGCCACUUCUGCUUCCCAGUGCCCAACUUCCAGAGGGUGUGCGGCUGCCCCUACGGGAUGAAGCUGGCGCCCAACCAACAGACCUGCGUGGAGGACCCCUCCAAUGAGCCUCCCACCCUGCAGUGCGGCGCCAACUCCUUCUCCUGCGGCAACGGGAAGUGCGUGCCGCAGAACUACAGAUGCGACGGCAUGGACGAUUGCCACGACAACAGCGACGAGGUCGGCUGUGGAGCUCAAAACACCACCUGCUCGCCCACGGCCUUCACCUGUGCCAACCGGCGCUGCGUGCCCCGGAACUGGCGCUGCGACGGGCACAACGACUGCUUCGACAGCAGCGACGAGCACGACUGCCCCACCCAGGGGCCCGUCAGCUGCCAGGCCAACCAGUUCACCUGCGCCAACCGCCGCUGCAUCCCGCGCACCUGGCUGUGCGACACCGACAACGACUGCGGGGACGGCUCGGACGAAGCCGGCUGCCACUUUGCGGGAACGUGCAAUCCGGGUCAGUUCCAGUGUCCGGACCACCGCUGCAUUGACCCUGGCUAUGUGUGUGACGGUGACCGGGACUGUGUGGAUGGAGCAGAUGAGCAGGGCUGCAUUUACAACUGCACUGCCUAUGAGUUCAAGUGUGCAAACGGACAUCAGUGCAUCAACUCCUACUACCGCUGUGACGGGGUCUUCGACUGCAACGAUCGCUCUGAUGAGAGCGGCUGUCCCACCAGGCCCCCUGGCAUGUGCCACCACGAGAGUGAGUUCCAGUGCCAGUCGGACGGCAGCUGCGUGCCGGCGUCCUGGGAGUGCGACGGGCACCCGGACUGUGAGGACGGCUCGGACGAGCACCACGCCUGCCCGCCACGCACCUGCCCCUCCACGCUCUUCCGCUGCGACAACGGCAACUGCGUCUUCCGCGGCUGGCUGUGCGACGGCGACAACGACUGCCGCGACAUGAGCGACGAGCGCGACUGCCCCACGCCGCCCUUCCGCUGCCCCAGCUGGCAGUGGCAGUGCCCGGGCCACAGCGUCUGCGUCAACCUCAGCAGGGUGUGCGACAACAGCCCCGACUGCCCCAACGGAGCCGACGAGUCGCCCCUCUGCAAUCAGGAGAGCUGCACAGACAACAAUGCGGGGUGCACCCAUGGGUGCAUCCAGGGGCCCUUCGGGGCCCAGUGCACGUGCCCCGUGGGGUACCAGCUGACGAACGACUCCAAGACGUGCGAGGACAUGGACGAGUGCAGCCCACCGGGGCUCUGCAGCCAGCACUGCUUCAACGAGCGCGGGUCCUUCCGCUGCCACUGCCAGGACGGCUACACGCUGGAGGCCGACCAGCGCAGCUGCAAGGCCUCGGAUUCCCGGGAGGCCAUCUUGCUGGUGGCGAGCCGCAGUCAGAUCGUGACCGACGACAUCACGGCGCAGCCCAACGUCAUCCGGUCGCUGGUGCGAGACGGGCGCAACAUCGUGGCCCUGGACUUUGACUCCGCCACCGACCGCGUGUACUGGUCAGACACCACCCAGGACAGGAUAUGGAGCUCCCACAAAAACGGCAGCGACAGGACUGUUAUAUUUGACAGCGGGGUGACGGUGACGGAGAGCCUGGCCGUGGACUGGGUGGGCCGGAACCUGUACUGGACGGAUUACGUGCUGGAGACCAUUGAGGUGUCCAGACUGGAUGGCACUCACAGGACGGUUCUGGUCAGCGAGAAUGUGACUAAUCCCAGAGCGCUGGUGCUGGACCCCAGGAGCGAUGCCCACGUCAUGUUCUGGACAGACUGGGGGAGGAACCCGCGCAUUGAGAAGGCCAGUAUGGAUGGCAAAAUGAGGACCACCAUCAUCAGCAGCAAACUGUACUGGCCCAAUGGCCUGACCAUCGACUAUCCCAACAAGCUGCUGUACUUUGCCGAUGCUUACCUGGACUUCAUUGACUACUGCGAUUACAACGGGAACAACCGGAGACAAGUUUUGGCCAGCGAUCUGGUGCUGCAGCAUCCCCACGCCAUCACCAUUUUUGAGGAUUUUGUGUACUGGACUGACAGAUACAUCAGCCGCGUGAUCCGGGCCCAUAAGUGGCACGGGCAGAACCAGACCGUGAUGCUGUAUAACCUGCCUCAGCCCAUGGGCGUGGUGGUAAUGCACCCGGCCAGGCAGCCUGCAGGUGUUAACCAUUGCUCCAUGAGCCCCUGUACCCACAUCUGCCUCCUGUCUGCUGUGGGACCCAGGUUUUAUUCCUGUGCCUGCCCGUCUGGCUGGACCCUGGCUGCUGACCAGGUCACUUGUGUGAGAGUUGAGGACCCUUUCUUGGUGGUGGUGAGAGACAGCAUAAUCUACGGCAUCCCCCUGAACCCGGAAGACAAGAGCAACGAUGCCAUGGUACCCGUUGCCGGGCUGCGGAAUGGAUACGACGUCGACUUCGACGACGCGGAGCAGAUGAUCUACUGGGUGGAGCAUCCGGGGGAGAUCCACAGAGUGAAGUCGGAUGGCACCAACAGGACGGAGUUUGCCCCUGCGGCCAUCCUGGGCUCUCCUGUAGGACUGGCCCUGGACUGGAUGACCCAGAACCUGUACUACACCAACCCAGCUACACAGUCCAUAGAGGUGCUGAAGCUGCGAGGGGAGGUGCAGCACAGGAAGACUCUGAUCACCAACAACGGCACCCCCACCGGCGCAGGCACUCCAGUUGGCAUUGCUGUGGACCCGGCACGUGGGAGGAUGUACUGGACAGAUCAGGGCACAGAGAGCGGGAUCCCGGCCAAAGUGGCAGCGGCCGAUAUGGAUGGCUCCAACAUUGCCACCCUCUUCACCAACAACAUGGACCACAUUGAGUUCAUCACCAUCGACAUCCGGGAGAACAAGCUGUACUGGGCUGUCACUGGAACUGGAAUGAUCGAGCGCGGGGACCCAGACGGGACGAACCGCAUCACCAUAGUGUCCGGCCUCUCCCACCCGUGGGGUAUCGCGGUGCACGACUCCUUCCUCUACUUCACCGACCGGGACUACGAGGUCAUCGAGCGCGUGGACAAGGCCACUGGGGCCAACAAGGUGGUCCUGCGAGACAAUGUGUCUGGCCUGAGAGUGCUGAAGGUCCACUACAGAGAGACCUCGCCGGGCACCUCCAACGGCUGCAGCAACAACGUGGGCGUGUGCCAGCAGCUAUGCCUGCCGCGCCCGGGCGGGCUGUUCACCUGCGCCUGUGCCACGGGCUUCAAGCUCAGCGCUGACAACAGGACCUGCUCACCCUACCAGUCCUACGUGGUCAUCUCCACGCUGUCCGCCAUCAAGGGCUUCAGUCUGGAGGGGGCCGACCACUCCGAGGCCAUGGUCCCAGUGGCAGGGAGAGGUGGGUGUCGGAAUGCGCUGCACGUGGACGUCCACAUGGCCUCAGGGUUCCUGUACUGGUGUGACUUCAGCAGCACGUCCGCGUCCCAGAAUGCAAUCCGCAGGAUCAAGCCCGAUGGCUCGGGGUUCCGCAGCGUGGUCACCUCCGGGAUCGGCCGCAACGGGAUCCGGGGCAUUGCUGUGGACUGGGCUGCAGGAAACCUCUAUUUCACAAACGCCUUCUUGACGGAAACGUACGUGGAGGUGGUGCGCCUGAACACCUCCUUCCGGCGCGUUCUCCUGAAGACCACUGUGGACAUGCCCCGUCACAUCGUGGUGGACCCCAAAAACCGCUAUCUCUUCUGGGCUGACUAUGGGCAGAGCCCCAAGAUCGAGCGGGCAUUCCUAGACGCGACCAACCGCACUGUGCUGGUCUCCUCUGGCAUCAUCACCCCCAGGGGCCUGGCGCUGGAUUACCAGACCGGGUACAUCUACUGGGUGGACGACUCCCUGGACAUGAUCGCCCGUGUCCGCCCAGAGGGAGGCGACACUGAGAUUGUCAGGUACGGCAGCCGGUAUCCCACCCCGUACGGGAUCACUGUCUUCGAGGACAGCAUCAUCUGGGUGGACCGCAACCUGAAGCGGGUCUUCCAGGCCAGCAAGGAGCCCGGCAACUCCGACCAGCCGGCCGUGAUCAGGGACAACCUCAACAUGCUGAGGGACGUGACCAUCUUCAACCAGCGCACCCAGCCCAGCACAGCCCAGCAGCUCAACGGCAACCCCUGCCUGGAGGGGAACGGUGGCUGCGCCCACCUCUGCUUCGCCCUCCCGGGGAGCCUGGUCCGGAAGUGUGGCUGUGCCUUCGGGAGCCUGGCGCGGGACAACGCUACCUGUGUGGUGUCCCGGGAGGACUACCUCAUUUACACCACCGAGAGCACGGUGCGCAGCCUCCGCCUUGACCCCGACGACCACUCGCUGCCCUUCCCCGUCGUCAACGUGCUCCGCACCUCUGUUGCCCUGGACUACGACCGCGCCGACAACAGGGUCUAUUUCACCCAGAUCUCUGGGGUCGGGCGGAGCAAGAUCAGCUACAUCAGCCUCUCCUCCCCGACCACUGCUCCCACCGUAGUGGCCUCAGAUUUGGGAGCUCCUGAUGGCGUGGCCUAUGACUGGAUCAAUAAGAGGAUCUAUUACAGCGACUACAUUAACCAGUCCAUCAGCUCCAUGGCCAUUGACGGGUCACAGAGGACCAUCAUCGCCCGCGUCCCCAGACCGCGAGCCAUAAUGCUGGACCCCUGCAGAGGGUAUAUGUAUUGGACAGACUGGGGCAGCAGUGCGAAGAUCGAGAGGGCCACUCUAGGGGGGAACUUCCGCACAGAGAUUGUGAACAGCAGCCUGGUGUGGCCGAACGGGUUGACCCUGGACUAUGACGAGCAGAGACUCUACUGGGCCGACGCCAGCCUACAGAAGAUCGAGCGCUGCUCCCUCACGGGCGCCAACAGGGAGGUGAUCGUCAGCACGGCCGUGUACCCGUUCGCCAUGACCGUGUACGGUCAGCACAUCUACUGGACCGACUGGAACACGCGCAGCAUCUACAGGGCCAACAAACACGACGGGUCGGACCAGCGGGUGAUGAUCCAGAACCUUCCGUCGCGGCCCAUGGACAUCCACGUGCUGUCCAACAGCAGACAGCAGCAGUGCAGUAACCCCUGUGACCAGUUCAACGGCGGCUGCAGCCACAUCUGCACCCCAGGACCCCAGGGGGCGGAGUGCCAGUGCCCAUCCGAGGGCCGCUGGUACCUGGCUGACAGCAAGCACUGUAUCCAAGACAACGGCACGCGCUGCCAGCCGGGCCAGUUCACCUGCAUGAACGGCCGCUGCAUCCGCGCCCAGUGGAAGUGUGACAACCAUGAUGACUGUGGGGACGGCAGCGAUGAGCUGGAGAGAGUCUGUGCGUUCCACACCUGCGAGCCCACGGUCUUCACCUGCGGGAACGGGCGCUGCGUGCCAUACCACUACCGCUGCGACCACUUCAACGACUGCGGGGACAACAGCGACGAGGCCGGCUGCCUCUUCCGGCCCUGCGACCCCAGCACGGAGUUCACCUGCAACAACGGCCGCUGCAUCGCCCGCGAGUAUGUCUGCAACGGCAUCAACAACUGCUACGACAACGGCACCACUGACGAGAGAAACUGCCCUGAGCGCACAUGCCAGCCAGAGCAAACCAAGUGCCAGACGACCAACAUCUGCAUCCCGCGCUCAUACCUCUGUGACGGGGACAACGACUGCGGGGACAUGAGUGACGAGAGCCCCACCCACUGCGCCACAUCGACCUGCGGCCAGACCGAGUUCCGCUGCUCCAGUGGCCGCUGCAUCCCGGCCCACUGGUUCUGCGACGGGGGGAGGGACUGCGCCGAUGGGUCUGACGAGCCCCCUUCCUGCACCUCCCACGUGCGGACGUGUAACACGGACCAGUUCCGCUGCGACGACGGCCGCUGCAUUGCCGCCACCUGGAUUUGCGACGGGGACAAUGACUGCGGGGACAUGAGCGACGAGGACCAGAGGCACAACUGUGCCAACCGCACCUGCUCGGCGUCCGAGUUCAACUGCGUCAACAACCGGCCCCCGCAGAGGAGGUGCAUCCCGCGUGACUGGGUGUGCGACGGGGACGCCGACUGCGCCGACGCCUACGAUGAGCACCAGAACUGCACGCGCCGCUCCUGCUCGCUCAACGAGUUCACCUGCAGCAACGGGCUGUGCAUCCGCAGCUCCUACAGGUGCGACCGGCGCAACGACUGCGGGGACGGCAGCGACGAGCGGGGCUGCGUGUACCAGCCCUGCCAGCAGCACCAGUUCACCUGCCAGAACGGCCGCUGCGUGUCGCGCGAGUUCGUCUGCGACGGGGACAACGACUGCGGCGACGAGUCGGACGAGCUCGAGCACCUGUGCCACCAGCCCCUGCCCACCUGCCCGCCGGGCCACUUCAGGUGCGACAACGGCAACUGCAUCCCCGGCAGCAAGGUGUGCGACAGGAGCGACGACUGCGCAGACAACAGCGAUGAGAAGGGCUGCGGCAAUAACGAGUGCGCAGACCCCUCCGUGCACCGCUGCGACCACAACUGCACGGACACGCCCACCAGCUUCUUCUGCACCUGCCACCCGGGCUACCGCCUCAUGUCCGACAACCGGACGUGCGACGACGUGGACGAGUGCGCGGAGACGCCCAGCGUGUGCAGCCAGCUGUGCGAGAACACGGUGGGCUCGCACAUGUGCAAGUGUGCCCCGGGCUACCUGCGCGAGCCCGACGGGCGGAGCUGCCGGCAGAACAGCAACAUCGCCCCCUACCUGAUCUUCAGCAACCGCUACUACCUGCGCAACCUGUCGACGGACGGCGAGGCCUACUCCCUCAUCCUGCAGGGCCUGACCAGCGUGGUGGCGCUGGACUUCGACCGGGCGGAGAGGCGCCUGUACUGGAUCGACGUGAGCCGGCGGGUGGUGGAGCGCAUGUUCUUCAACGGCACGGGCCGGGAGACGGUGGUGACGGGUGUGCCGCACGGCGAGGGGCUGGCUGUGGACUGGGUGGCCCGCAAGCUCUACUGGGUGGACAGCUUCCUCGACUGCAUCAAGGUGGCGGGGCUGGAUGGCCGCUUCGUGAGGAAGCUAGCCGACCGCUGCGUCGACGCCAACAACACCCUCUGCUUCGAGAACCCCCGGGCGAUCGUCGUGCAUCCGAAAUACGGAUACGUGUACUGGACAGACUGGGGGAGCAGAGCCUUCAUCGGCCGUGUUGGAAUGGAUGGGACCAAUAAGUCAGCCAUCAUCACCACCAAGAUUGAGUGGCCUAACGGCAUAACUAUUGACUACACCAAUGACAUGCUGUACUGGUCGGACGCCCACCUCAACUACAUCGAGUAUUCGGAUCUGGAUGGACGCCACCGCCACACAGUUUACGACGGGGUCCUCCCGCACCCCUUUGCCCUGACGGUAUUCGAGGACACCGUGUACUGGACUGACUGGAACACCAGGACCGUGGAGAAGGGCAACAAGUACGACGGCUCGGGCCGGGUGGCGCUGGUCAACACCACGCACAGGCCCUUCGACAUCCAUGUGUGCCACCCCUACAGGCAGCCCAUCGUGACCAACCCCUGUGCCGUGAACAACGGCGGCUGCUCCCACCUGUGCCUGAUCAAGGCGGGGGGGCGGGGCCACACCUGCGAAUGCCCCGACCACUUCCUGACCGUGCAGAUUGGGGGCGUGGCCCGCUGCCUGCCCAUGUGCACCAGCACGCAGUACAGAUGCGCUGACAAUGAGCGCUGCAUCCCCAUCUGGUGGAAGUGCGACGGGCAGCGGGAUUGCAGGGACGGCUCCGACGAGCCCUCCACCUGCCCCAGCCGCCACUGCCGCGUGGGCCAGUUCCAGUGCAACGACGGCAACUGCACCAGCCCCCACGUCCUGUGCAACAGCGUCCAGGACUGCCACGACGGCUCCGACGAGGACCCCGUGCUUUGUGCCACCCAUGAGUGCGAGGCGUACCAGUGGCAGUGCAGCAACAAGCGGUGCAUCCCCGAGGCGUGGCAGUGCGACGGCGAGAACGACUGCGGGGACAACUCGGACGAGGACUCCGCUCACUGCUCCACCAGGACCUGCCCCCCGGGCCAGUUCAAGUGCCGCAACGGCCGCUGCAUCCCUCAGAGCUGGAAGUGCGACGUGGACGACGACUGCGGGGACCACUCGGACGAGCCCCACGACGAGUGCAUGGGGCCGGCAUAUCGCUGUGACAACCACACCGAGUUUGACUGCAGGACCAACUACCGCUGCGUGCCGCUGUGGUCCGUGUGCAACGGGCACGACGACUGCAGGGACAACAGUGAUGAGCAGGGAUGCGAGGCUGUGACCUGUGACCCGCGGGGUGACUUCCGCUGUGACAAUCACCAGUGCGUCCCUCUGCGCUGGAGGUGCGACGGGGACAACGACUGCGGGGAUGGGUCGGACGAGCAUGGCUGCACCCCUCGGCCAUGCACAGAAAGCGAAUAUCGCUGUGACAACCUGAACUGCAUCCCUGACCGCUGGGUGUGUGACCAUGACAACGACUGCGGGGAUAACUCGGAUGAGAGGGACUGCGGGCUGCGGACCUGUCACCCGGGGUACUUCCAGUGUAACAGUGGGCACUGCAUCCGUGACCGCUUCAGGUGUGACGGCAAUGCUGACUGCCAGGACUACAGUGACGAGGCCACGUGUCCCACCCGUUACCCCAAUGGCACAUACUGCCCCCCUUUUAUGUUUGAGUGCAAGAACCACGUGUGCGUGCAGGCAAACUGGAAAUGCGACGGGGACGAUGACUGUGGAGACGGUUCAGACGAGGAGCUGCACCUGUGCUUGGAUGUCCCAUGCGAUCCCCGGCUCCGGUUCCGCUGUGAUAAUAACAUCUGCAUCUACAUCCACGAGCUCUGCGACUCUGUAGACAACUGCGGGGAUGGCACAGACGAGAGGCCAGAGCACUGCCAGGCCCCUACUCAGAGGCCCUGCUCGGCGGAGGAGUUCAAGUGCAGCAACGGACACUGCAUCCCUCUGCAGUACGCCUGUGACGACUACGACGACUGCGGAGACCACUCCGACGAGCUGGGCUGCCAUCCAGGCACCACUCGCUCUUGCUCUGAGAACAUCUGCGAGCACAACUGCACUGACCUGACAGAUGGUGGGUUCAUCUGCUCCUGUAGGCCUGGAUACAGCCCAGUCCCCACUGAGAGGCACACCUGCCAGGAUGUGAACGAGUGUGAGCAGUAUGGCACCUGCCCGCAGGACUGCAGGAACUCCAAGGGCAGCUACGAGUGCUUCUGUGCUCAGGGCUUCCGCUCUGUGGGUGAGCAGCACGGAACCGAGUGCGCCGCCGAAGGGAACCCUCCUGUGCUCCUCCUUCCGGACAACGUGCGCAUCCGGCGCUUCAACCUCUCCACGGAACGGUACUCGGACUACGUGGACAACGCUGAGCACAUCCAGGCCCUGGACUAUCUGUGGGACCCAGACAGCACUGGACUCAGUGUUGUGUACUGGACGGUGCUCGGGAGAGGGUCUCAGUUUGGAGCAAUCAAGAGGGCCUUCAUGACCACAUUCAAUGACAACGGCAACAACCCAGUCAAGGAGGUGGACCUCAACCUCAGAUACAUCUCCAACCCUGAUGGCAUCGCUGUGGACUGGGUUGGAAGACACAUUUACUGGACAGAUGCGGGAACCAAUAGGAUCGAGGUGGCAGAGUUGGAUGGGCGGUACAGGAAGUUUCUCAUCUACACAGAUCUGGACCAGCCGGCAGCCAUUGUUGUCAGUCCUGCUCUUGGAACCAUGUUCUGGACAGACUGGGGCCAGAAACCCAAGAUUGAGUCGGCUUGGAUGGACGGGCAGCACAGGCAGGUUCUUCUGGAUGAGGACUUGGUGUGGCCCACCGGGCUGGCGUUGGACUACCUCAACGGGAAUCGGAUCUACUGGUGCGACUCCAAGGAGAACCUCAUUGAGUCCAUGAAGAUCGAUGGCACAGACAGAACCAUCAUCAUGUCUGGAGACAUCGGCAACCCCUACAGCUUGGAUGUGUUCGAGGGUCACGUGUACUGGACGACGAAAGAGCGGGGGGAGGUGUGGAAGACAAACAAGUUUGGGAAAGGGAGCAAGGUGAAGGUCCUGACCAUCAAUCCAUGGCUGACCCAAGUGCGCGUUUACCAGGAGCACAGAUACAACCGCUCGGUGGCCAACCCCUGUAAAGACGUUUGCAGCCACCUGUGUCUGCUCCGCCCGGGUGGCUACACCUGCGCCUGCCCCCAAGGCUCCAGCUUCGUCAACGGCAACCCCAACGAAUGUGAUGCAGCCAUUGAGACCGAGUCCCUAAUGCCCCCGGCGUGUAGAUGCAUGAACGGAGGGACCUGCUACACUGAUGAGGACGGCCUGCCCAAGUGCAAGUGUCUGUAUGGGUAUGCGGGCAGCUACUGUGAGAUGGGAAAGUACAGAGGGGGACCUGCGGGAACAGCAGUUGCUGUGCUGCUGGCAGUGAUUAUCAUCCUCGUUAUUGGGGCUCUGGUAGCAGGACUCUUCCUCAACUACAAACGGACUGGCUCCUUCAUUCCCUCCUUGCCUAAGCUUCCCAGCCUGAGCAGCUUGGUGAAGUCCAGCGACACUGGGAAUGGGGUGUCAUUCCGCUCAGGGGACAACGUCACAAUGGAUUUGGGAGCACAAGCCCUCAGUGUUUCAGUCAUCGACAGGGCCAUGCAGCUGGAUGAGAACUUUGCAGCAGCAGGUGGGAAAGAGCCGGUCACGUUUGAGAACCCCCUAUACUCCACUGCUGCUGGCACCAGUGACCCAGCUGUCAUCCACGCCACUCAGGUGACCGUGAACGUGAGCGGGGAGCCGGUUGGGAACAAUUACGAGAACCCAGCGUAUUAUGCAGAAAACCUUGCGGAGGUAGCAGAGAAACCAAUGGCCAGUGCAGAGCCAGUUCUGGAAUCGAAAUGGAAUUUCUUUAAAAGAAAACUGAAACCAUGCACAACGUUUGAAAACCCUACAUACUCUGAGAUGCAAAACGAAAAAGCCGUGGGAGAUGGUGAGGACAGUUCCCCCUUAGGCCCCCCUCCAUUUGUGCCCCCUGCCAAAAUCCCCAAGAAAGGAGGGUUCACACCCACAGAGGACAGCUUCCGGGACACGGCCAAUCUUGUCAAAGAGGACAGUGAUGUAUAAC